AUGGCGCUGGGCGUGAAGGAGAGUGUAAGCGGCAAGCUGUACCGUCUAGCCAGCAACGGCACCGAGCAGCGCGUGUGUGGCGGCAAGGGCGCCGUGUACCAGAGCGGCCCCAAGGUGGCGCUGCGGUGCUGCGGCAAGACGAGCAUCGUGGUCACGCGCCAGACCAAGCAGAGCAUCUUGCGCCAGGGCGACGUGCUGCUCUUGGGUCUACGGGACGCUUUUUACGCCAAUGGGACGCUGACCAAGUACGAAGUGGUGGACACGGACGCAGCGCCGCCAAGAGCUGCGCUGCACGUGCUGCCCACGCGUGUCCCGAGCAUUACAAUGAGCUCGUCGGUCUCGAAUCGACCGAAACGCUCGACGACUAUGACAGGUGGAGGCUCAGCAGCUGCCUCAGGCAAGAGACUCGUGUCUUCGUUUUUUGCUAGAAACAGCAACAGCAGUGCUGCUCACUUGAUGGCUAAGGAGAAGACCGUGACGAGAGGUGCAGAUGUUGAAGAUGUGACAAUGUCCAGUACAGCGGAAGAUGUGGACGAGGAAGAUGAGGAGGAACUGGCUCCAACAGGGAGACGAAGGGAGAAACGCACUCGAGCAAUUGUCGAGUCGGAUGAUGACGAGAUGAAUGAUGGGGUUGGGUCGAAAGGGAUGGGGGAAUUGACGGUCGACUCGGACGUGUCGCUGCUUCAAGAAGACGACGACGUCUUUGAGAAAGAGCUGGAGAGCUCGACGUCAGCAGCUAAGGACUGGAUGGCGGCGUUUGGACGCAACUCGGCUACGAAAAAGCACAAGGUGGAGAGGGAUAGUAUCCGCUCAGACAAGUGGCAUGGUCGCAGAGAUGGAAGUAAGAUCAUGAAGAAAGCAAAGUCUAGCGCAUCGAGGAGGUUUUCGCUUGAAGUAAGGAAUGAUGACGACGACUUAGAUGAAGACGAGCAUUACUCUCGAUCCCACGAUGAAGUCGGUCAACUGCUGGAAGAGUGCGAAGAAAUUGCCAGAGAAUUGCGCCAGUCAGUACGAAACUGGUCAGGCAACACGACAAAGUCGAUGUCGUCAAGCCCUUCGACUUCGCCUGCGGAUGCUACGGAUGAAGAGGAGGCAGUACACAUGUCGCUGGCAUCAAUCGACGGCGGGGAUCGACGUGUAGUCACACAAGCGGACAUUCCAGAUAUUUGUGAAACGCUCGAGUUGAAGCCGUACCAAGUAGUUGGCGUCAAUUGGCUGUUGCUGCUUCACGAAAACAAGGUUUCCGGCGUUCUAGCAGAUGAAAUGGGACUCGGCAAAACCGUGCAAACGAUUGCGUUUUUGCUGCUUCUCAAAUCGCUGGAGCAGUCAGAUAACCGAGCGAUUGGGCCCCACCUGGUCGUUGUGCCUGCAAGUGUGCUGAACAACUGGACACGUGAGUUUUCGUGGAUUGCGCCCAAGCUACGUAUCGUCACGUAUCAUGGAUCGAAGGACCACCGUCGUGAUCUCGAGGCCACGCUCAACAGCGAUGGAUUCGACGUCAUGCUCACGACGUACGCUUACUUUGAGCGCGAUACUUGCCAAGAAGAGCGUGCUUUCUUAAGAAGCUUCCAAUUUGGAUACAUGAUUCUGGAUGAGGGCCACAGUAUCAAAAAUUCAAACACUUCGCGGUUCAAGCGCAUCACAGCACUGCGUGCACGGACGCGACUAGUCCUCAGCGGCACUCCGAUUCAAAACAAGCUGAAUGAGCUACUGACGAUGUUGAGCUUUCUUAUGCCACGAAUGUUCGACCAUGGCUCUGACGAAUUGCUGAGCUUUUUUGACGGAAGCGAAGAGAAGAAGUGCGAUAAAGUGCGUAAAAUCUUGGCACCAUUUAUCCUUCGGCGAGAAAAGAAAUACGUACUGAGUCAGCUAGUACCAAAGACUAUCUCUGUUGAGCUUGUCAAGUUGGGCGAGGACCAACGGAACGCAUACACUGGCUUGCUUGAGUCUGUCAUUCAGCGGAGAGAAGCACAAGCUGCUAUAAAAGCUGCGGCCAAGGAAAGCAAGAGGAACAAAAGCAAGGACUGCAAAAUCAAUCGUCAUGUCCGAGAAUUGAUGGAUACGUAUGCCACGCCGCCGGGCACUGAGCCAAGCGCCAUUUCCAUCUUCACGCAGUUGCGUAAGGCUGCCAAUCACCCCGUUUUGCUGCGCAGAUACUUUGUUUCUGACGAAGUACUGGAGACUAUGUGCAGGUGCUUGCACAAAGCUGAGGCGUUUGGCAACCAAUGUUCCAUGAGUAGAGUUCGCCAGGAGCUCGAGUCGUACAGUGACUUUGAACUGCAUGACCUUUGUGUGCAGUACGAGUCGAUCGAUGAGCUACGAAAGCUGCAAUUGCCAAUGGAGACACUGCUGGCGUCUGCCAAAUUCAGCUUUUUGCGCAAAUUACUUCCAAAACUUCAGAAGGAGGGUCAUCGCGUCCUCAUCUUUUCCCAAUGGACCAAGCUGUUGGAUUUGCUGGAAGUACUCAUGGGCCAUAUGAGUUAUCGUUAUCUGCGGCUCGAUGGGUCUACUGAUGUCCAGGAAAGACAGGGGCUCAUCGAUACGUACAACGAAGACAAAAGUAUCUUUGUCUUCUUGUUGUCUACGCGUGCAGGUGGGCUUGGUAUCAACCUCACUGCUGCGGAUACUGUUAUUUUGCACGACCUGGACUUUAACCCGACUGCCGAUGAGCAAGCAUGUGACCGUUGUCACCGAAUCGGUCAGACCAAGCCUGUGUCAAUCUAUAAGCUCGUGUCUGAAGAUACUGUCGACCACGACAUCUACAAAUUGGGCAAGUCCAAAACAGAGCUUAAUCAUAAGAUUUUGGACAAGCUCAACGCGCACAGUGAUGGUGCUAAGAGGAAGAAGUCGGACACGGUAACGGUAGAAAUGAUGCUGGCGUCCGUCAUCUCAGACUACAAGAGCACUCUCGUAGAUGCUGGACAGCAGCAAAAGAAAGAGUUAAUGCUGGAGAAUGCAUAG